AUGCUUCUGGACGAACAGCGCCAGAUCCACGAGGACCUUGAGCGCCUCGAGGAUGCCGUCGCAGAGCGUCUUCUCGAAGACCCUCCACACAUUCGCGACCGUCUAGCACGUGAUCACGACAUUGCGCGAUUCCUCGAGCAGCUGGAAACCCAGUCUAGCCGAUUACUAGCCAUCUACGAAGAUGCCGAAGGCAAAAGGGACGAAGAGGUGCGCAACCUCACGCACGGCGACCCCAUGGAAUCUUUCAUGAAGGAGAUCAGCAACAUCAAAGACUUCCACCGUCGAUACCCGAACGAGCCUGUCGAGAAUCUUGAAAAGGCCUACAAGAAGCGGUCACCUGAAGACCAAGCUCAGUCGAUUGCCGCCAUCGAUUCCAUGUUCACUGGAGAGGAGGGCUUUGGUCGUUUCUUUGAUUUGACUACGCUUCACGAACAGUACUUGAACUUGUCUGUUCACCAGCACGCGCGCCGCCUGACGUAUCUGCAGUACCUCGAUCUGUUCGAUGUCUUCACCGGGCAACAGGGCAGCGUUCGCCGCGACCAGAAGAAGUCAGAGCCUUAUUUCCAGUACCUAAAGGCCCUGCAGGAGUACCUCGAAAGCUUCAUUCGCCGAACAAAGCCCCUGGAGAAUCUCGACAAGCUGUUCGCUAGCUUUGACAAGGAAUUCCAAGAGCUGUGGGAGAAAGAUCAGAUUCCAGGCUGGGAAAAAAACGUACCAUCAUCAGCGCCAGCGAAUGGAGACGCACCAGGCGAGGGCAUCUGGUGCGCUGCGUGCCAGAAAGGCUUCACAAAAGAGUCGGUUUUUGAGAACCACCUGACUGGCAAGAAGCACAAGAAGGCCGUAGAGGCGAGCAAGAACAACAGCGCUCCGGCUCGAACAAGCGGUGCAUCAUCAGACAUCCAGCGAUUCAAGGAGCGAGCCGUGGCUGAGCGAGAGUUCAAGAUCAAGAAGCUAGCCGCGGCCAUGCAGACCGAACGCGGCGAUACAAAGGUCAACGUCGAGCGCAAGCAGGGUAUGACGGAGCGCGAGAGGCAACAAGAAUUGGAGCAGCUGUAUGCGGAACAGCCAGCAGAGGGCAUGAAGGACGACGAUGACGAAUCAGACGGCGAAGACAAGAUCUACAACCCUCUCAAGCUGCCCCUUGCUUGGGACGGCAAGCCGAUCCCAUACUGGCUGUACAAGCUGCAUGGUCUGGGCGUUGAGUUUCCCUGCGAGAUCUGCGGUAACUUUGUCUACAUGGGGCGGCGUGCUUUCGACAAGCACUUCAACGAGCCUCGUCACAUCCACGGUCUUAAAUGCUUGGGUAUCACCAACACAACGCUCUUCCGAGAGAUCACAAGCAUCCAGGAAGCUGAGACGCUCUGGAAGAAGAUCCAGAAGGAUAAGAAGAAGGAGAAGACCGCUGCUGAAAACGUGGUCGAGAUGGAGGAUACCGAGGGCAAUGUUAUGCCUGAGAAAGUCUACCGUGAUUUGGCUGCCGCAGGCAUGCUCUGA